AUGGUGCUCCUUAAUCUUCCCUUCCCAACUCGAAAGAAGACAACCUCCAAACCUACAUCUCCAGUACCGAGCCGAUCAGGGUCACCGAAACUCAUGAACGAAAGCUCCCUCGUCCUUAAGGCCACUGUACUCAGAGGUCGAGAUCUAGCUCCGAAGGAUAAGAAUGGCUUCAGCGAUCCCUAUCUUGUCGUAUCGUUAGGUGAGUAUCGCUUCCAGACGGAAGCGAUGCCCAAGACCCUCGACCCUGAAUGGUUCGACAACUUUGAAAUACCGCUCAGCGGAGCCAACUCAUCUACGUUGGAAUGCGACUACAUGGGCGAGCUCACAGUUCAUCUCGAUGAGUUUUUCUCAAAUGGACGAACCAGCCAAGAGCCCCGAUGGUUCCCAUUGAAGUCUAGCCGCAAAAAGGCCACAAUUUCCGGGGAGAUACAACUUCAACUCUGUCUUCUGGACACGUCUGAUGAUGCUGCAACCCCCGAGCAAAUCAUGCAGAAAUGGACGACAUGGCUCAGCAAUUUCAACGGAACCCCGAGUCCGAGCGCCUCUCCCAGUAUCUAUGAACAGGAUGACCCUCUUUCGCGGGAUCUGGGUGAUACUGGUCUUUCUGACGACGAAGAAGAUAUGAUGGAACCAGAUGGAGCCCUAGGUCGUCCUAAAUUUGAUAGGAUAGGAACUUCAGUCUCAAUGACACUCUCGAUUGCUCCCUCGAUCACUCCUUCAACGAUGAAGGGCAAGACAGGUGGCGACAAGAAGGGCCAUCAUUAUGAGUUAUCCAGGGAGUCAGAUGUUGUUGGGGUUGUUUUUCUAGAGAUCAACUCUAUCACAGACUUGCCACCUGAAAAGAACAUGACACGUACCGGUUUCGAUAUGGACCCUUUUGUUGUUGUCUCGCUGGGAAAGAAAACAUACCGUACCAGGCAUAUUCGACACUGUUUGAAUCCCGUAUAUGACGAGAAAAUGGUGUUUCAAGUUCUACGGCAUGAGCAGAGAUAUUCUUUGAAUAUUGCAGUCGUAGACCGCGAUAAGUUCUCAUCAAAUGACUUUGUAGCACAGACAAACUUUGCGCUACAGGAGAUUAUCUCCACACAGCCCACCGCCGACCCAGUAACUGGGCUAUAUAAUCUUCGAGAGCCAUUGAAAGAUGAAGUUCCACCUUCUCCCAUGACUCCGUCUGGUACUGGGAAAUCUCGUUUCCGUAUACCACUACCUAGGUCGUCUUCCGGAACGAAUCUCUCUGCUGGAAAAAAGGGCCGACCAGACCUUGAGCGGAGAACAUCUGCAAACUCACUGAGAAGCGUGGCAAGCGCUUUCCAAUCUGACGGGGCUUUAACUCCUGGUGAUGAGAAUGGUCCUACCCCACCAGGGAAUAGGAUGAUACAAGUAAACAAUGAUUCUAUGGAUUAUGAUUUACAGCCGUACACAUUGCCUCUUCCACUUAAAAAUAAAGAUCGAUGGGAAGACAAACACAAUCCUGAAAUCAAGAUUAAGGCUAAAUAUGUUCCGUACCCUGCACUCCGGCAGCAGUUCUGGCGAGUCAUGCUCAGGCAGUAUGAUGCAGAUGACAGUGGUGAAAUCAGCCGUGUGGAACUUACCACUAUGCUUGACACUCUGGGGUCCACACUGUCGGCCCAUACCAUUGAUGGGUUUUUCGAGAGAUUUAGAGAGGAGAACGGGGUUACGAACUUGGAAGAUGUGGAAUUGACUCUUGAUCAGGCAGUUAUCUGUCUAGAGAACCAGCUUUCGUCAACCACACCGAAGACACCGAGCCAUACCCCCUCCGCGUCUGGAAGGGAUGAUUCGGGAAGGGAUGACAGGUCUCAGAAGUCGGACGACAGCACCAGCUCAAACACUCCGGCCGACCCGAGGAGUAGAAGCAUGGUAUCUUUGCCGCCAACACAGAAUAUCAAUGUCCUUGGUGCUGCGGGAGAGGAGGGUAUGAUGCUUGGUGAAAAUGAUCUUGCGGAUGAGAAGGCAGAGGAGCAUGUUAUUCAGAUCAAAGAGUGCCCACUGUGCCAUCAGCCCCGCCUCAAUAAAAGGUCGGAACAGGAUAUCGUGACGCACUUGGCGACAUGUGCAUCACAAGAUUGGAGACAGGUAGAUAAGCUUGUGAUGGGGGGGUUUGUGACAUCUAGUCAGGCUCAACGCAAAUGGUACUCCAAGGUUAUCUCAAAGAUAUCCUACGGAGGCUACAAGUUGGGCGCGAACUCGGCCAAUAUCUUGGUCCAGGACAGGAUUACAGGGCAGAUCCAGGAAGAACGUAUGAGUGUUUACGUUCGUCUGGGUAUUCGAUUGCUUUAUAAAGGGCUCAGCAGCAGCAGCAUGGAGAAUAAGAAGAUCAAAAAACUGUUAAAAUCACUUAGUGUCAAACAAGGAAAGAAGUUUGAUAACCCUGCUUCCGCCAGGGAUAUCAAGGGAUUUAUUGCUUUCCAUCAGCUCGAUCUUUCUGAGGUUCUUCUACCAAUAGAUCAGUUCAAGACAUUCAACGAAUUUUUCUACCGUGCUCUUAAGCCUGAUGCACGCCCUUGCGCCUCACCAGAGGAUCAAAGGGUUAUUGUCUCCCCGGCAGAUUGCAGAUCAGUAGUAUUCAACACUAUCGAUGAAGCAGCAACAAUAUGGAUUAAGGGCCGAGAAUUCACAAUCAAGAGGCUUCUCGGUGAUGCCUAUCCGGAAGAUGCCAAACGGUUCGCUGGGGGCGCACUAGGUAUUUUUAGAUUGGCGCCACAAGAUUAUCAUAGAUUUCACAUUCCCGUUGAUGGGCUCAUGGGUGAGCCCAAGUUGAUAAAGGGAGAGUAUUAUACCGUCAACCCAAUGGCUAUUCGAUCUGCACUUGAUGUGUAUGGUGAAAACGUCCGUAUCUGUGUCCCUAUAGAUUCUGCAGAACACGGCAGGGUGAUGGUCAUCUGUGUUGGAGCCAUGAUGGUUGGUAGCACAGUCAUCACAGCCAAGGCGGGAUCACAGGUCAAGCGUACAGACGAGCUGGGCUAUUUCCAGUUUGGUGGCAGUACCAUCGUCUGUCUAUUUGAACCUGGCAGGAUGGUUUUCGAUGAGGACCUUGUUGAUAACUCGAGGACCGCGCUGGAGACUUUGAUCCGUGUAGGAAUGAGUAUUGGCCACACACCAGAAACAGGUGCUGUAACCAUGCGGAAAGAAAAUCUGUUUAGAUCUACAUGA